AUGCCUUUACAAGAAUAUAAAGAAAUAGUUGGAAAUGUGGCAGCGGUUGUGACUAUUGCACAAUUUUUUUCUCCUGUGGCUAUUAUAAGAAAAAUAAUUGUCCAAAAGAGUACAAAAAAUGUUGAUCCUGUACCAUUUGUUGGAGGAUUGGGGAUGGGUAUAGUAAUGCUUCAGCACGGUCUGAUUCUGAACGACAUGGCUAUGAUUCCUGUUAAUAUUUUUGCAUUUGUUUUGAAUCUGAUAUACCUUUCAAUUUUUUAUAAAUAUCAUCAAGAUAAGAGUGACUUAUUAAUGAAGCUGGCCAAAGUCUUAGCAGGAGCUGCAGUAAUGGUUGGCUAUGCGCAAGUAGAGCAAAGAAUUGAUACCACAAGAUUAGAGUUUAAUUAUGGCCUCAUUGUUACUCUCUUGAUGUUUGUUUUAAUUGGAGCACCCUUAUUCAAUCUGAAAGAAAUAAUUGAAACCAAAAAUACAGAAAUGCUUCCUUUUCCGAUGAUAUUAUCAGGAACUGUCGUUACGUCUCUCUGGUUGCUUUAUGGUAUUAUUUUAGAGAAUAUUUUUAUAGAGGUCCAGAAUGUUGUUGGACUCUUGCUGUGUCUUGCCCAGCUCUCUUUGUUUGUUAUAUUUCCUUCGAAGCCUUCAGAAAAGGACCUGAAGAAGAAAGAAUAA